AUGUUAACUAUUAAAACAUAAUUGAUUUAUAAAUAUAAAUAAUUAUUGAGUGCUUUGUAAUUUUUACAAAUAUUUUCACAAAAAAGAUGGACGUGUUACUAGAGAAACCAAUUAAAACUGAGCCCCUUGAAUAUUCCAUAGAAGAAAUUGAAGAUGACGAAAUUUCUGUCAAACAAGAACUAAAUGAUAAUGAUGAAACAUUUCCCGAACAAUCUACACAACCUGCAUCCACAAUCAAACAAGAACCAACCGAGAAUCAUUUACCAAAACCUUUUACAUGUGACAUUUGUCACAAAGUAUUCGCAAAACUAAAAAACCUCAAAAUCCACGAAGUCAUUCACAGUGGUCUCAAAAAUUUCAAAUGCACAAUCUGCGACAAAGCAUUUUCCCAAUCUGCAAACCUAACAGUCCACCUCAGGAUCCACAGAGGCGACAAGCGUUAUGUAUGCAAAACCUGCAACAAAGGCUUCACCCUCCGAGCAACCUUAAAAAAGCACACUCUGGUUCACACCGGAGAACGUCCUUUCAAAUGUGGUUUAUGUGAGAAGGCUUUCAUAGACAACUCGACCCUAAGGAAACAUGUCCGUAUCCACUCAGGAGACCGUCCUUAUAAAUGUGAUAUUUGCGGCAAGGCCUUUACUCAAAAUGUGACUCUGAGGAUGCAUUUGCGUACUCAUAGUGCUCCUUCAAAAUGUGAUAUUUGUAAUGAGACUUUUAGUGAUAUUGAUGUUUAUAAAAGACACAUGGAUACACAUGCUGAAAAGUAUCCCCAUAAAUGUGGUGUGUGCUUUAAAGUGUAUAUGCGGAGUGAUGUUUUGAAAAGACACAUGAAAAUGCACAGAUAAUAAAGUGAGAUAUAUAGAAUUAAUAUUGUGAAUGACAUUAUGUAUAAAAUGAUAGUUUGUGUAAGAAGUGAAACUUCGUAAUGUGGUAAUAAAAAUAAGAAGAAAUUUGAUUUUUGUUUGUGUAGUUGUGUUUGUAUAGCAUUUUACAUAUAAUGGAAGUAAAAUUUGUUAAAAAGUACAAAAGGUAUUUAUUGUAUAAGA